UUCUCGGACACAUUUCUAACCGGCAUGCAUCUCGCGCUGAUCACCGGUGAUCGAUUCUGCGCAGAAUUUGCUCAUCUCAAACAAGCCUUAUUACUUUCUCUUUGACGUCGACGCGUCGAGCAGUAUUGUUGUAUGAAGACCUACAAUGAUUUGUGGUGAAAAUGGAGCUCAGCUGGCUAUUAUUGUUCUGGUGUUUGCUCGACCGUGGGGCGUCUGGUGUUGAUACAGAUGGAGUGUCAGUGAUGGAGGGAGAUCCAGUCACUCUAAACACUGGUGUUCAAACAAGCCAACAAGACAGAAUUAGAUGGUAUUAUAAUGACAUCCGCAUCGCUCAAAUCAAUAGAGACCAGAGUAAGAUCUGUACAGAUGUUCAGUGUAAUGAAGAUACUGAGAGAUUCAGAGACAGACUGAAGCUGGAUCAUCAGACUGGAUCUCUGACCAUCAUGAACAUCACAAACACACAUGCUGGAGUGUAUAAACUAUGGAUCACCAGCAACAGCGACAGUGAAAAGAUCUUCAAUGUUUCAGUUCAAGGUGUUUCUGCUGCUGAACGAGAAGAAGUGAAGAGAAAGGAGGGAGAAUCUGUCACGUUAUAUACUGGUGUACUAACAAAACCAAUUCAUUUUACGACAUGGUAUUUUAACGACAUUCCCAUCGCUGAAAUGACUGGAGAUCAGAGUAAGAUCUGUACAGAUGUUCAGUGUAAAGAGAGAUUCAGAGACAGACUGAAGCUGGAUCAUCAGACUGGAUCUCUGACCAUCACACACACCAGAACUGAAGACUCUGGAGAAUAUAAACUACAGAUCAGCAGCGACAGCAGUCGUCAUCGACGCAGCAUCAUUAAGAGAUUCAGUGUUUCUGUCACCGAUUCAGGUUCAUCUUCAGCUGUUAUAGCAGGAAUGAGUGCUGUUGUUGUUCUGCUGUUUGUGACUGUAGCAGUCGCUGUGAUUUGCUAUCGCCCCAGGAGAUCUGCACAAAUAGGAAAAUAUGAAGAUGACGAGGCGUCCUGUGAGAAGAACAAGCCUCUACUAACAGGUGAUCCUAAUGAAGCAACAAAUGAUCAGAACGAGCCUCUGUCAAUGACCGUCCUUAAAGUGGCGACCGAUGAUCAGAAAGAGUCUCUGCAGACGGCUGUCUCUACAGUGGUGUCCGAAGGUCAGAAAGAGUCUCUGCAGACGCCUGUCCCUACAGUGGUGUCCGAAGGUCAGUCUCUGCAGACGUCUGACUCUACAGUGGUGUCCGAAGGUCAGUCUCUGCAGACGUCUGACUCUACAGCGGUGGCCGAAGGUCAGUCUCUGCAGACACCUGACUCUACAGUGGUGUCCGAAGGUCAGUCUCUGCAGACGUCUGACUCUACAGCGGUGUCCGAAGGUCAGUCUCUGCAGACACCUGACUCUACAGCGGUGUCCGAAGGUCAGUCUCUGCAGACGUCUGACUCUACAGCGGUGUCCGAAGGUCAGUCUCUGCAGACGUCUGACUCUACAGCGGUGUCCGAAGGUCAGUCUCUGCAGACGUCUGACUCUACAGCGGUGUCCGAAGGUCAGUCUCUGCAGACGUCUGACUCUACAGCGGUGGCCGAAGGUCAGUCUCUGCAGACACCUGACUCUACAGUGGUGUCCGAAGGUCAGUCUCUGCAGACGUCUGACUCUACAGCGGUGUCCGAAGGUCAGUCUCUGCAGACGUCUGACUCUACAGCGGUGUCCGAAGGUCAGUCUCUGCAGACGUCUGACUCUACAGUGGUGUCCGAAGGUCAGUCUCUGCAGACGUCUGACUGUACAGCGGUGUCCGAAGGUCAGUCUCUGCAGACGUCUGACUCUACAGCGGUGUCCGAAGGUCAGUCUCUGCAGACGUCUGACUCUACAGCGGUGUCCGAAGGUCAGUCUCUGCAGACGUCUGACUCUACAGUGGUGUCCGAAGGUCAGUCUCUGCAGACACCUGACUCUACAGCGGUGGCCGAAGGUCAGUCUCUGCAGACACCUGACUCUACAGCGGUGUCCGAAGGUCAGUCUCUACAGACGUCUGACUCUACAGCGGUGUCCGAAGGUCAGUCUCUGCAGACGUCUGACUCUACAGUGGUGUCCGAAGGUCAGUCUCUGCAGACGUCUGACUCUACAGCGGUGUCCGAAGGUCAGUCUCUGCAGACGUCUGACUCUACAGUGGUGUCCGAAGGUCAGUCUCUGCAGACGUCUGACUCUACAGUGGUGUCCGAAGGUCAGUCUCUGCAGACGUCUGACUCUACAGUGGUGUCCGAAGGUCAGUCUCUGCAGACGUCUGACUCUACAGCGGUGUCCGAAGGUCAGUCUCUGCAGACACCUGACUCUACAGCGGUGGCCGAAGGUCAGUCUCUGCAGACACCUGACUCUACAGUGGUGUCCGAAGGUCAGUCUCUGCAGACGUCUGACUCUACAGCGGUGGCCGAAGGUCAGUCUCUGCAGACACCUGACUCUACAGUGGUGUCCGAAGGUCAGUCUCUGCAGACACCUGACUCUACAGUGGUGUCCGAAGGUCAGUCUCUGCAGACGUCUGACUCUACAGUGGUGUCCGAAGGUCAGUCUCUGCAGACACCUGACUCUACAGUGGUGUCCGAAGGUCAGUCUCUGCAGACACCUGACUCUACAGUGGUGUCCGAAGGUCAGUCUCUGCAGACGUCUGACUCUACAGCGGUGUCCGAAGGUCAGUCUCUGCAGACGUCUGACUCUACAGUGGUGUCCGAAGGUCAGUCUCUGCAGACACCUGACUCUACAGUGGUGUCCGAAGGUCAGUCUCUGCAGACACCUGACUCUACAGUGGUGUCCGAAGGUCAGUCUCUGCAGACACCUGACUCUACAGUGGUGUCCGAAGGUCAGUCUCUGCAGACGGCUGUCCCUACAGUGGUGUCCAAAGGUCUGAAAGAGUCUCUGCCGAAAAAAAAGAAAAAAAAGUAAGGUACCAGAGACUCGACUGCUGUCGCUCCAGUGGCGUCUAACCAUCUGGCGUCUAGCAGCAGUAAAUACAAGAAUGCUUGAGGUUUUCCAGUAUGUAAUGGUGGAGGGAUUAUUACACUAGUUGACUCAAGAAAGCAACAUUGCAGGAUUAUUUUUUUCCUAGUGUUACCAUUUCUUUAAUCAUUGUCAGGUACACCGAAGACCCCAUAAUGCACUGAUCUGCUGUAAUCAAAUCUUAAAGGGGACAUGUCAUGCAAAAUCCCCUUUUUUAGCCCUUAAAUGCAUUUUGUUGUAUAUUUGGAGUGUUUAUAAGUACAGAAAAGAUGAAAUUUUUCUC